AUGGAAAUAAACGCACUUUGGACGGUUUUAUGCAAUCUUCUAUUUGUCCUUUUAGCGUCAAGUAGAGAUGUUAACAGGAAUAAAUCGCACAGAUUUAAAAAGGAACUCACGUUAUCACCUUUAUAUCCUAAUUUAAUUCGAAGCACUCAAGUCCAACAUGAUAAAAACUAUGAAGGUGGUAAUGGCAUAAUUAACGAUGGAGGUGACGAAGAAGCGCAUUCCUCUAAUAGUUCAUUCUCUGGGGCAUCGGAAAAUUAUAGCGUUAAAGGAAAACCAUCGUACUAUUCUUACAUAAAAAGAGGGGAUAUAUAUACAAACAGUUCAAACACAAAUAAAAGCUUAAAUGAUAGUAACAAGUUGAAUACGAUUUCAAACACAUUUAUUCAAAAUAGUAAUAAUCCAAAAACUCAAAUUAAACCUACCGAAAUUAUACCACCUCCAAUAGUCAAUCAAGAGUCUCCCUCACCAAAACAGGCUCCCCCGAAAAGUACCCAAAUUUCCAAUACAACUGAUAACAUAGACUACUUCGACAUUUCAUAUGAGAACAAUUCCUAUUUAAUUUCCCAGUUAAGUCCACAUUAUUCCUAUAUAUACUUUUUCGAUGAAUUUAAACAUUACGCAUCAUAUCACAAAGAAAUCCAAAGUGAUUAUGAUAACAUACAUAAUUCAAAAGUUAAAUCCCUUUUGCAAGAAGUAUCCAAAGCAAUCAACAGUUGUAAUAAAGAAAAAAAUGAAUUGAAGGAGUUAAUAAAUAUUUUAGAAAAUCCCCAAAUGUUAAAAACGCAAAGUGAAUCAUAUGAUGUAAAACUUCUAGAAUAUGAAAAUAAAAAGCAAGCAUUUACGGGAUGCUUAGUAAAUAAAAAUCAGGAGAAUGUGCUUCAAAUAAAAAAUAUAAAUAACGAAAUUCGUGAUCUGAUAGAAAAACUGACAUGCUCACAGAAAUGUGAAACUAAAGUAUAUUUUGACAUGAUUAAAACAUAUUUGGUAGAAUUUAAAAAAAUGCCUUACGAAAAUUAUAACACUUUUAUAAAACAGUAUAAAAAUUCUUACCAUUCUGGCAUUGAUAUGAUAAGGAAAAUUGAAAAACAAAUAGACAAUCCAGUUACUAUAAAUUCGAUAAAAUUUACUCAAAAGGAGAUGGAAUACAUUAUAGACAGAUUUGAAUAUCACCUAGAAAAAGCGAAACAUUCCAUCGAUCAAGUGACAACAUUAUUCCACAGGGUUAAUCUAACACAUGUCAUUAAAAAUCGUUUUAAAGACCACUAUUUUAAUAUAGGUAACAACUACUCCAUUUAUAGGCUCAGCAAAGAUAGUCUCAACAUGUUAUAUAAAGCAUUAAUACAUAAAGAAGAAAUAAUCCACAACUUACUUGGUGAAUUAACUGGAGAUUUAGAAAAGAAAAUAUCUAAACUUCUAGAUUCAGAAUACUCCAUAACAGAAAGUAAUAACAUCAUUUUACAAUCCGAAGAAACCUUAAAAUUUGGAGAAGACGCAUAUAAUAAAAACAUCAAACUGAUAGAGGACCUUACAUUGUAUCCACACUUAGAAAUUAACAAAUUCAAAAAAGACUAUGAAGAUAAUAUGAAUAAUUUUAGACAAAACAUCAUGUACAUACAAUCAUAUGUUACAUCUAUUAAAAAUGCAUAUGAAUAUAAUGUGUUAGAAAAGAACUUUAUAGAAAAUAAACAAAAAAACAUACCAUCUAACUGUAAUGCCCAGGAGAAAGUCGAUAAACUGUUAAACAUUAUAGAUAGCAUAAACUACAGAAAAUUAUCCGUAACAGAUAAUUUAAAAAAAAUGAAAGAUUCAUAUAAAGAAAUAGAAAAAUUAAAAAUUAAAAUACAGGAAUUAAUAGUUUCCAUUGAAAAAAAACAACAACAUGCAGAAGAAUUAAUCAAAAAAGAAAAAGAAAUUGAUAUUCUCAAAGAAGAUACAAAAAAUACAAUAGAAUAUAUAAAAGGAAUAAUAGAAAAAAUAAAAGAACUAAUUUCUGUGAAUAAAGAUUUUGAUAAAAAUUUCCAACAAGUUGAGAAAUUAAUUAACGAAGCACUUUAUAACAAAGACCAAUUUGAACACAAAAAAAAAGACUUACACACCAAAAUGAAAGAAAUAUUGCACACAUUUCACGCGCAUGAUUUACAAAUAUUUUUGGACGACUUGUCGCAAUUUUUAAAGGAACAAGAAGCUUUGUACCAAAAUGCAGACACUAAAGAAAAGCUUGACCAAGUUAUAAAAACAGUAAAGGAAAAACAAGAUAAACUUAGAGAAAUGAAAUGCGAUGACAUACCAAACAUAAUCGAAAAUUUGAAAAAAGAAUCACUCAAUAUUUUAAAUCUAAAAGAUGAUGUCAUAAAUAAACAGUUUGAAAAUAUGCGCACAGAAUUGCCAAGUUCAUUGGAUGAAAUGACCAAAGAAUAUAACGCUCUAAAAAGCAGCAUAGAGGAAUAUGAAGCGGAAAAAAAAAAAAUAGAAAACCAUAAACAAAGUAUAAUUAAAAGAAAAAAUAUAUUCAUCGUUAAUAAACAUGAAAAAGAUGAAGAUGUACAGGAAGGAAAAAAUACGUACAGCGAGUUUAUAAGCAAUAAGGAGACAAUUUUGAAGAGAGAAAGCCCAAUUAGAAAUCAGCUCAAUGUAUUAAAGGAAAAAAGAAGAAAUAUAAAAACUACGUUACAAACAUAUCGUGAUGCAAUACAAAAAUUAGAAACGUACACUGAAAAGAAAGAUACAGAAGCUAAAAUGAUGCUAGAAAAGUUAAACACCCAAAUGGAAAACUUCAAAAUAAAUGAAGCUGAAAAAUCAUUUAACGAUUGCAAAAGUAUUAUCAGUAACACAAUAAAUGAAGUCGAAAAUGAAAACAAAAAUAUAGACACUAUUAAGAGGGUGAAUAUUGCAAUGAAACGCUCCACAAUUAACAAAGAAUCCGUUGAACAGUUAAUCAGAAAUAAGGAUAAUCUUCUAAAAGAAAAAAUUGAAAAACACUUUCAAAAAAUAAACAUAGAUAAAUUAAUAGGACAAAGUGCCAAAGAAAACAUGUUAAACAAUCUAGAGAGAGAAAAAGUUAUCAUAAACCAAAAGUUAAAUGACUCUCGUUUGAAUGAUUUAAAAUUGCAGAUAGAAAAAACUCUAAGUUAUUGUGAAAAAUCAAGGGAAAAUAUUAAAGGCAAUAAUGGAACACAUCCAGAAGAAUUAAACGAAAGCGAAAUUGACUGGGAAAGUGCGAAAGGAAAAAUAGAAAUACUAAACAGUAAUUAUCAAGCCUUAAACAAAAUCACUGAUGAUAUAAUUAAUAAACAGUACGAUGAAAUUAUAGUGCUGAUUGAUAGAGAAAUAAAUUGGAAGGGAAAAGACAUCGAGUUCAAAAUUGAGAAACGUAAACAUGCUCUAGAGAAAAUGGAAGCAAAAUUGUCAUCAUUUGAUACCAGUGAGGAUGUUAAAAAAUACCAAAGUGAGAUAAAUAAAGAAGAACUCAAAAAAGUAAAAGAAAUGUCCACUAUAGUCCUAAACAAAAUUGAUCAAAAUAAGAAUCAAUUAAUUAACAUAAAGACAAAACCCAGUGGCUACGUGGAAGAAUGGAAUGGGAUAAAAAAUAAAAAAAUCGAAUCGAAUAAAGAGAAGGACAAGCAAAUUGUGUACAACACAAAUAGGAGUGACAUCGAAAAAGUUUAUAAAAACAUUAGCGACAUGUACAACGAACUGGAUAAUCUCGAAAAGGAAGAAACCACUUCGCACGAUGUAGACAAUAUUGAAAUGCAGUAUGACAGACUUUUAAUCAAUUUCUUUGUUCAAAAGAUCAAUGAAGAAAACGCAAAGGCGAAAGAGCUCAUGAAAGAAAUUAAUUCACACAUAGGAAAAAUUGACAAAAGUAUACAGGCCAAAACAUUUAAUGAAAGGCGAAAAGAAGCAACUGCGUUUGAGUUUAGUCAAUAUCAUCAGAUCAGUUUAAACAAUAGUAAAAAAAUUGCCGAAAUUGUUCAACAUGCUGUAAAUAAGAAGGGAGAAGCAGAAAGAAGUAAAGAAACAAAUGAAGUAAAAUCCAUAAAAAAUGAAGUUAACACUUACCUGCAACAAGUUAUAGAUGAAUAUAACUCUAUGCAAAGGGCAUUAGGGGAUAUUAAAAAUGUGAACGAUUUAUUAAUAUCAACCGAUGGUAAAGGAAUCUAUGAAAAAAUAUUGAAGAGCACUAACGAAGCUGCGAAUUUUGAGGAGCAAGCACAAGAAGAAUUGGACAAAAUGAGUGACAUAAUUAAUGAAAUAGAAAAAGAAAUGGUUCAGGCAACGGAACACAAAAAUAACAUUCAUAUAAACUUAGAGGAUAAACAAAUAGAUGAAGAAGUGUACAAAAUUAGACAAAUUCAAGAAGAAGUUACAAAUAAGAAAAUUGCAAUGUAUGAACAUUUAAAUAGGACAAAAGUGGGUAUAGAAAAUUGCUUGUCCCAAGUCCGUAAUGCAAAGAGAGGAAAAAUUAAAAUAGAUUUUCUCAAUAAUAACAAAAAAAAUAACAUUUUGAAAGACAUUAAUAUAAGGAAUGUAAAUAAAAAUGUUUCCAUAUGUAUGGUACACGCAAAAGAAGUUAAUAAAAUUGAAGAUGAAGCUAAAAAGGAACAUGACCUAUUCCUAGAACAUGAAGAAGAUAUUAACAGAUCCUUAAUUAUAGGAAUAGAAACAAAAUCGAAAAAAAGAAAAAACGAAGCUACCGAAAUUAUGGCCCAAAUUAAGGAGAAACAUUCUAUAAUUAAAACGGAACUUCAACAAUCUUCAGAAAAUCUUAAACUAUUGAAUGAAAAAUAUAACCUUAGCGAAGAAGAAAGUAUUUUUGCCAAUCCGACAUCCACGCAAGCAAAUGAGUCCAUACAGUAUAACAUAAGAAAGGUGAAACAAAAUUUGUUAUAUAUAGACAAUAUAGCAAAAGAAAUAGACACCAUCCUAACUAAUGCACAAGAUUCAAUUAGAUCAAUAUCGGAAAUUUCCAAAUUAGACGGAAAUAGUACACUACAAAUGGUGGAAAAAGAAGCAGAAGAUUAUGUAAAAUAUUUAGAAAAAAUAACCAAAGAGAAAGAACUAAUGCAAUAUAAACGCAAAGACCUCGAUCUCAUCAAGUCCGAUAUUGAAAAUAUAGAAACAGAAUUGAAAAAGCAUAGAAAACUUUUCGAAACUGGACUUUUGAAUAAGAUUAGCGAAAUAGCUAAAAUGAGAAAAUUGUACAUAGAUUCAGCGGAACAGCUCCUAAAUUCCUCCGUCAGUAAUUUUGCUACCCUCUUUAAUGGAUUCAAUUUAAAAAAAUACAAAAUUGAAACCAAUUUAGACGUUUAUAAAAGAAAAAUAAAUGAAUUCCGCACUGAGUUCCUUCAACCAUACGAAUCAAUUCAGAAUAAAGAAAAGAGCAUACUGGACCCUUCGAUAGAUUUUAGUGGAGCAAAAAAUCUACGAGAAGAAGCUCAAAAGGAGGAAAAAAAUAUAGAAAAUAUAGAAAAAAGGACAAAAAAAUAUCUGAGCGAUAUUAAAAAAAUGGAAUCCAUUACAUUCAUACGUAAUAUGAGACAAACAUUGGAUGAAUUAAACGAAACAUUCAAACAAAAAUACGCAGAAGUCGAGGGAGAUCACGCUGAAAUUAAAAAAAUCACAGAAGACAUUAAGAACUUAAAUGAUGAAAGUAGCUCGUCAACUAAAUUACAACAAGCAGAAGAUAAAAAUAGUCAAAUGAAAGCCAAAGCGAAUCAUUAUUCACUUAUGAAUGAGGCACACGCUAUAUUAGAACAAAUUGUCAAAUCAGCCAAUUUUGUAGGCAUUAAAAUAGUGACAGAGUUACAACCAUCAGAUUUAGUUUCUAAAGCGCGUUUGCAAGAAGCCCCAGGAUUGCAGUUUGAACCCCAAGACAAAGUAACACUAGAAAGCGGACAAUUUUUAGAAAAUACAAACGAAUUGGAUAUCCACGAAAAUGUGCAAGCCGCCUACAACGCCGUUCUUCAGAUAUACAAAUAUUCAGAUGAUAUAGACAGGAAGAAGGAAGAAUGCGAACAAUUAGUAAAAAACGGAAAAGAUAUAUGCCUUAAAAUUAAAUCAAUAAACGAAAUUAAAGUUAUGAUACAAAAGAGUAAGGACAAAGAAAGCGCCCUUUCAGCCAAAGUGAGUUACUCCUUUACCAAGCUAAGUGAGCUAUACAACAUUAAAUUCAAUGAUGAAAAUUCCGAUGCCAUUUUAGAAACGCCCAGUAAAGAAGAACUAAAGAAACUAAGGGAUGCAUUUAAUGAAGAGAAAGGCACCAUCGCAAACCUUGCAAAAUUGAAUAGCUAUAAAACAGAUUUCGAAAGUCACAUUCAUAACUUAAAUGACUUAGCCAAAAUAGUAGACAAUUUAAAAGCCAGCGAAACUCUUCCAAAAAAUAUAGAAGAAACAAAAACGUCCAUUAAUCUAAUUUCAACAAAAUUCGGAACCAUCGAAAAGGAAAUUGAAAGUAUUAAUUCCUCCUUUGAUCAGUUGCUCCAGAAAGGGAAGAAAUGCGAAAUGAUUAAGUAUAAAUUGGUAAGGGAUAACCUUAGCACUAAAAUAAAUGACAAUUCUGCAUUCAUUAAGGACAUCCAAAAAAAAGCCACUGAAUAUUUAACGUAUAUUCAAAAUAAUUACAUUUCCAUAUUUAAAGACAUUGAUAUGUUAAAUGAAAACCUUGAUGGAAAAUCCGUAAGUACGUAUGCCAAAACCAAGAUCGAAGAAGCAAAUGAUCUUUCCGCACAGCUAACCGCUGCAGUUAUUGAAUACAAAGGAAUAGCUAAUUCUAUUAGAAAAGAAUUUAUAGAUAUAAAUGAACACACCGAAAUAGGCGCUUUUGAAAAUAGUGUAAAAAUGUUAAAAGAUCAAUAUGACGAUUUAAUCAAUAAAAAAAACAGUAUAAUAGAAUUACAUAACAAAAUUAAUUUAACUAAACUGCGUGAAAUAAGAGCCACCUCUGAUAAAUACGUCGAUAUAGCUGUACUGCUCGGCGAAGUAGUACAGGAUCAAAGAAAAAAGUUACAAGAAGCAAAAAAUGAACUGGACACUCUUAAAGACCAUAUAGAAGUUAAAGAAAAGGAAUUAAUCAAACUUGACAGCUCGUCCACCCUAGUGUCCAUUAAAGAGUUCGACGAAAUAUAUGAUAACAUUAAAUAUAAUGUAGAACAAUUGCACAGAAUAGAAGUAACUAACAUUAAUGAACUGAAAAAAGGUAAAGCGUAUGAAGAAAACGUUUCACACUUAUUAAACAGAAGGGCAAUGUUACGGGAUGAUCUCCAAAAUUAUGAAGAAAAAGACAGACUGGAAAAUAAAAAUGUAGAAAUGUCAAAUGAAGAUAACAACCAAAUAAGACAAACCAGUGAAGUAAUAAAAAAAUUAGAAAAAGAAUUUCAAAACUUGCUAAAAAUUAUUCAACAGAAUAACAAUAUAUGUAGUAAUAAUAAUAUAAAACAUUCCAUUUCUGAUAUUCUAAAAAAUGUGGAAACCAUAAGAGAAAGGUUUGUCCAAAAUUACCCCGAGAGAGAGAAGUACCACCAAAUAGAAAUCAACUACAACGAUAUUAAAGGAAUUGUUAAUGAAGUCGCUACAAAUCCAGAAAUAAGCAUAUUUACUGAAAACAUAAAUACAUAUAUACAGCAACAAAUUAGAAGCGCUCACAAUUCGGAAGACGCCCAAACAAUAAAAGACAUAAUAGAAGAUGUUACAAAUAAUUAUAGAACAAUAAUAAGUAAAUUACCCCAAGUUAAUAACGCUUUAGAUAGAAUUCAAAUAAAGAAAAAUGAUAUGGAUACCUUGUUUGAAUCAUUGUCAAAAGAAAAUGUCAAUAAUUAUAAUUCCGCAAAAAAUUUUAUAGACGAUUCGGAUAAAACAAUUAAGCAUAUAGCAGACCAAGUUAGUAAAAUGUCAAACUUAAUAAAUUACGCCGAAAGGGAAAUAAAAGAAUUAGAAGAAAAAAUGUAUAGUAUAUUAAAUCGACCUGUUAUUGAUAACUCUGCUUCGGAACAAGACAACCUGUCAAGUGAUACACAAGGCAACGAUAUAGACGAAGCUCAAAAACAGAAAUCGGCUGAAGAACAAGACAACCCGUUAAGUGAUACACAAGGCAACGAUAUAGACGAAGCUCAAAAACAGAAAUCGGCUGAAGAAGAAGACAAACUGUUAAGUGAUACACAAAGGAAGCAUACGGACGAAGCUCAAGAACAGAAAUCAGCUGAAGAACCAAACAAACUGUUAAGUGAUACCCAAGGGAACGAUACAGACGAAUCUCAAAAACAGAACUCCGCUGAAGAAGAAGGCAAACCGUUAAGUAGUACCCAAGAGAACCAUACAGACGAAUCUCAAAAAGAGAAUUCGGCUGAAGAACCAAUCAAUCUGUUAAGUGAUACCCAAGGGAACAAUACAGACGAAACUCAAAAACAAAAAUCGCCUGAAGAACAAGACAAACCGUUAAGUAAUACCCAAGGGAACCAUACAGACGAAUCUCAAAAAGAUAAUUUGGCUGAAGAACAAGACAAACUGUUAAGUGAUACACAAGGGAAGCAUACUGAGGAAGCUCAAACACAGAAUUCGGCUGAAGAACAAGACAACCCGUUAAGUGAUACACAAGGCAACGAUAUAGACGAAGCUCAAAAACAGAAAUCGGCUGAAGAAGAAGACAAACUGUUAAGUGAUACACAAGGGAAGCAUACGGACGAAGAUCAAGAACAUAAAUCGGCUGAAGAACCAAUCCAACUGUUAAGUGAUACCCAAGGGAACGAUACAGACGAAUCUCAAAAACAGAACUCGGCUGAAGAACAAGGCAAACCGUUAAGUAGUACCCAAGGGAACCAUACAGACGAAGCUCAAAAAGAGAAUUCGGCUGAAGAAUCAAUCAAUCUGUUAAGUGAUAGCCAAGAGAGCGAUACUGACGAAGCUCAAGAACAGAAAUCGACUGAAGAAGAAGACAAACUAUUAAGUGAUAUCCAAUGGAACGAUGCAGACGAAGCUCAAGAACGGAAAUCGGACGAAGAACAAAUUCUGGAUUUAUCUAAACAACAGAUGCAUUCAAAUGAGGGCAACAAGAAUUAUAUGAAUACUACAGAUAGUACAAAUGGAGAGAAACAAACUGAAGAGGAAGAAUCGCAAAAUGAGGAUCAUUCCCAAGCAGGGGGGACACAUAGUCGAGUUCGCCUUGCAGGAGGAAUUAUUUUGGGAUUAUCUGUUUUCUCAGGUGCUGUUUAUAUCUCAUUCAGAAAUAAGGAUAAGGGUGAGGAAAAUAAAGAUCCUGAAUCCAUCGGGGAUCAAUUUGAAGAUAAUGACAUUUUUAAUGCGGACGAUAAGGAAGAAGUCAUAGAAGUUUGCUUCGAAAAUAGCGAUUAUCCUGAUUAG